AUGGUGUCGCGCCCAGUCUCCCCUGUCUCACCCGCGAGUCCAACAUGGAGUCGGCCGGGUUCAACGAGCAACGAGCACACCGACCAACCUGAGGAGGCCACCCCGCGCACCCCUGCAUACGGCGUCUCGACUCCACAUGCCCAAGUUCAACGCCCAGAGACCCCGCAAAGGCCUUCUCACGACGCCUCAGCCGGCCAGACGUAUCCAGGUGCAGCAGCCUCUGUUCUCUCCCGUCCUCGAGAAGAUGAGAGGCUCAAGCUUUGGACGCCUUUUUUCCUCCGCCGCCCCGCCCUUUUGUCUUUUAUCGCUCUAUUCGUAAUAUUAAUCGUUGUACUUGCUAUUCUCUUUGGCCUCUCCUCGCGGGAUGAGCGCCUUACUUCGGCCGACUCGAGGCUGUACUACCUGUGGGUUUACGGUCCAACAGCCGUCUUCACCAGCAUCGCUGCCUUCUGGGCACAGGUUGAGUACCGCUCGAAGCAGAUGACGCCAUGGGUUCUGAUGGCUCAAGAGCCGCAGCCUGUGCGGAAGAGCCUUUUGCUCGAUUACAUCGACACCAUGAACGUCGUUGGCCUAAUCAGCUCGUUGCGAAACCGACACUGGCUUGUCCAUUCGGCGCUUGCGGGAACAUUUUUGAUCCAGGCCAUCACCGUCUUGUCCAGCGGUCUGUUCAUUUCAACCCAAACCACGAUCCGGGCUGAAGACGCGGACCUGACUGCUUGGAGCGUCUUUUCCGGUUCCAUCCCAGCCACUGCGGGCUCCGAACCAGCCGCGAACGCCUAUGCCGUCCUCGCGUCCAAUCUUUCUUAUCCGAACGGUACUCAUGACCGGUACGCAUUCCAAUGGUUCAACUCACCUAAAAACGACGUUUUCAACAUGACCGCCUCCGUCGACGUCUUCUCUGCCGAUCUGUCAUGUGAGAUUGCCAACGUGACGGAUCUUAGAAUUGGUCAAUCGUAUGGCAACAACACGAACACCCUCGACGAAGCCCUUCCUCUCUCAACAGGGCUCGAACAUUCACAGGCUGAGAUCACAAUGGAUGCGUCUUCAUGCCAGAAUCUUUACAUAUCAGUGAAAGACGGCGUUUCGUUUGGCUACAACGGAAGCUUUUGCAGCAAUUUGAACCCUCAGGAAGAGGACACCGGUCGUUUCGUCUUGGUCUGGGGCGAGUGGAAGGACGCUGCUUCCACCCCGGAAAGGCGCUCGCCGCAAGAUAUUUCGCUUGAUGACAGCUGGACCACUUUACGAGACGCGACUACCAGAGAGGAGGCCAGCACGGGAGUGAGCAUCCAAACAAUCGGCGGUGCGGGUUCGACAAGGCCAACCUCGACAACGGGAUCUACCAUCACAGCUGAGACCUCUUCGCACACUACCAGGCAGACCUCUGACCCCUCCGUGAUCUCUAUCGACGACGGAGAUCUCGGCAUAUCAUCAACUCGCCAGAGCCUCGCGACUACUACGUCAUCUAGCGGGAUUGAGCCAACCCCAGGCGUUCCGUUCACACUCGGCAGUCUGACCUUGCAGGUAGCGGCACCCACAUUCAGCCCAUCGCUCGGCCUUGUGUGUGCGCCUAGUUACUCGAUUCGCAAAGGCAGCGUGGCACUGAACAAAGACAACAAUGGCGAAAUCACACCCUCCAUCUCCUUCUAUGGAAAUGAGACGGCAGCUACGCUCUCAAAUGUCACUUCUUGGGAUAUUCUGAAAGCAUUUGCACAGACAGUCGCACAGACUGAGAGAUCCAUUUCAACUCUGAACAUGGAGGCUCUGAUUAACGCGACAAUCCCGCAAGCAAGCCUCACUACCGACGCAAACACCACACAAGCAGCGCUGAUCCGACUCUUUCGCCUUACAUCUGCGCAGUUCGCUAAUAUCUACCUUACGAAUUCUACGGAGGCUCCACUUACAGGCGUCGCCGUGUCGAGGGAGGCGCGGCUCCAGUUGCAUGCGCUGUCCUUCUGGCUGAUUGAGGCUCUCCUCUUAAUCUUGAUCCUUGCGACAUCAUUCCUCUUUUUCAAAUCACCUACCAUCGCUACGCCACGCGACCCGUCGACUAUAGCAGGCUUAGCCACUAUUUUGGCGCGUAGUACUGCAGUAGUGUCCGACCUGAAAGGAAGUGGGCUGGAGAGCACCAAGGACAUUGACCAACGUCUUCAAACCCAUCGAUUUAGCACAAGCGCGACAGUUUCGGCGCACAGCAGCCACCCACAUUUCCGGAUUGAGAGUGCGGAAAGCGAGCAUCGGGCAUCGACCACGACUGACCAGGCGGAGGCGGAGCAGAGCAAGGAUGUAACUUGGUACAGGCCUUUUGUGGCAACCGUCCUGGGACGAGGUCUCGUACUCUCAGCACCGCUGGCUCUUAUUCUUACACUGGAACUCCUCUACCAGUAUUCCUCACAGAACAACGGGUUACUGGCUGUAGACGACGCCAACUUGUUCGUUCACUACGCCUGGACGUACGUUCCGACUGCUGUCAUGGUCGCCGUGGGCCAAACAUUCGCCAUGCUCGACACAACUGCCAAAUUGUUCAACCCAUACCACAACUUGCGGAAGGGCAACGCGUCCGCUGAAAAGAGCAUCAUGGAGAACUACAUGCGUUCGGUCACCGUGGCCGCUUUAUGUCGUGCUGCUCGCAAACUGCAGUACACUGUUGUUGCCGCUGGAAUGGCUGCGGUGCUGACCCCCUUUCUGACCAUUGUUGUCAGUGGUCUCUUCAACGCAGAGAGUGCGCCUACAGCCUACACCGCCAGCUUCGCUCGACUCGACAACUUCGACCCGAAUACGACAACCACAGGUAAUGGGCUGGCAUACGCGAAUCUCGUGCUCGCGAACAAUCUGUCGGAGCCGCUCUGGACACAUCAAGACCUCGCAUUUCCGCAACUUUCGCAGAGCGCGUCCAGCAUCACUGACGACAGCGGCUCCGCUGUAUCUGUAGCAGCAGUAAAUGCCAGCAGCGUGUCCUUGGCUCUUCCCGCUGUUCGAGGCAAUCUCAACUGCACUCCAGCCACGCAUGCUGAGAUUUACUGCGAUGAAUUGGCACCCUACCUUCUCUCGCAGCCCAACAGCUCUUACGGAGACCCACGACAAAACCAAUACUUCAGUGGCACGGGCUACUUCGGCGAUGUGUUCGCGCUGGAUGCAAGGGUAUACCCAGGCUGCCCAGCCGUCAUGGUCGCCUUCGGGCACGUGGACAACAAGACCAUUGAUAGCGUUACCCACCUGUCGUGCUCACCGUACGUCGAGACAGUCAACGCGACGGCAUCAUUCAAGCUUCCCAGCUGGGAGCUCGACACCUCUUCGCCCGUGACAACGGAUGAGAACGAGACGAGCGUGUUCUAUGACGGGCAGAUGCCCGACUUCCUCACGGAUUCGGGAUAUUCGUUCGCCAACCCGCUGCCGGUCAACCGGUCGGACGAGGACUUCGCCAGCAUCUUCCCUUUGGCCAUCUACGGCCGCAACGGCACGCCUGUGGCGGAGCUCUUUGGCCCGGACAACAUCGGCAACCUCCAGCGCGCCGUCGAGUCGACGUACGCGCUGGUCAUGGCGCAGGUGCUCAACUGGGAUCGCCAGCAGCUAGGCGGGGACGACGUCACGUCGGCGGGUGCCGUCGCGUUUGAGGGCAAUUUGACGGACAGGACCAGCAUACGGCUGGUGCAGAGCGCUGUGUCGACCCGGAUCCUGGAGGGCUUGCUCGCCGCCAUGUUUGUCUGCGCGGCGCUGACGUUCGCGCUGCUGGACACGAAGAAAGUGCUGCCAAAGAAUCCGUGCAGUGUGGCAGCCAUGGCCAGCCUGCUGGCGGGGUCCAAGCUGCUUGCGGCUAUACCUGAAGGCGCGGAGUGGAUGUCCGAUAGGCAAUUGCGGCAGAAGGGCGUCUUCGAGGGAAUGGUGUUUAGCAUGGGCUGGUGGGGCGACGGAAGUGGGGUGAGUGAUGACGACGGAAGGUCAUCCUCUGGCGGUGACGGCCAAGCGGGCAGAAGCAGGUUUGGGAUCGAUAUAGGGACUGCUGAGAAGGGAAAGGUGCCAGGUGCGAAACGACGCUGGUGGCCUGCGCGGUGGAAGAGGCGAGAGAGCCAAGGGGAAUGA